AGCGGCUCGUUGACGUGUGACAUUUUCCACGCCCACACAGGCUGCAGCUCUAACACAUAAAGGGGCGUGUUCGUCUUACAGCUACAGAACCGCCCGGCAGGGCGUGGGUUCGCACUUUGGAUACUACGCAAGCGACUGUGCUUUCUAAAAAAGUAUAUCAGUUAAUUACAUACGAAACAUAAUCAGUUUAUCGUUGAGAAGCGUCGUACGGGACACUGACAUGUAUAGUAUUAGCGGUGCGGCAAAGACUAGACCAGAUAACAUUUUGCUAUUUAGCUGUAAGAGCUUCACAUUACGCAAGUUUAUACCGGGCCGUUUACCGGCGCAGUAACUAAAAUAAUGCGGAAUGCGUUCGUGAGACACGUCCGUCGCUUUCCGUGGUUCACCAACGUCACGCUGUACGGCUGUCUGUUCGCCGGAGGGGACUUCGUCCACCAGUGGUUUUCUCGCGGCGACCGGAUGGACUGGGGCCACACGCGAAACGUCGCCCUGGUCGCGUUCAGUUUCCAUGGCAACUUCAAUUUCUUCUGGAUGCGCUUCCUGGAGCGCAGGUUUCCCGGGAAGUCCGUCGGGAUGUUGAUGAGGAAACUGGUGCUGGACCAGACGGCCGCGGCCCCACUGGCCACCACCGUCUUCUACACAGGUGUCAGCUUCUUGGAGGGCAAAGAGGACGUGAUGGACGACUGGAGAAAGAAAUUCCUAAAUACUUAUAAGACUGGGCUCAUGUUCUGGCCAUUCAUGCAGUUUCUAAACUUUGCGCUGGUGCCUCUGUACAUGAGGACUAGCUUCACUGGCUGCUGCGCCUUCGUCUGGGCCACCUUCCUUUGCUUCUCGCUGCAGAGCGGGGACGGCACCGCCGGCGCUGCCCUGGUGUGGCUGUUCCCCUCCAAAGGGAAUGAUGCAGAAGCGACUGUGGAGUCUGAAGACAAAGUAGCGGAUGCCAAAGAUGAAAUGGCAGCAUCUAAAUCAGCCCCAAACUGAAAGACGGUGGAGAAAAUAGAGGACACAGGUACAAGUGGUCCAGGCGACAGUCACUGUAUACUGCUGCUGUCUUGUUACCACACUAUCACUGCCACGAACCGAGGUUAAAGUUUCCCAAGGUUCAAGCCAAAAUUGUGAUACGUUGGGAACCUGCCUCCAGCAAAAGGAUGGUGUACAGGACAGUUUCACACAGUUUGCUUCUACAGAGGAUUGUUUCUCAUCAGGUUGUUUUUCUAAAUGCAGUGUAUAGAACAGAUGACUCUUGUUAUUCAGUUGGACCAACGAUCCCGUAAUAUAUGCUGAGAUCGUUUGUGACAGAAUGACUAGUUUCUGGGUGCCAUGGUUUCUUUUUACACUUUGAUUAUACAAGUGCCAAAAUAUAUGAAACACACUACACAGAUUAAGUCUAUUAUAUUCAUAGUUUUAUUAGUAAUGUAUGAAUACUUAUUAACAAGGACAAUAUCCAAAUUGGAUUUCAAGUUCACCAAACCACACAAAAAAACUUUUCACAUAAAUUUUAGUAAUAAACAUACUACUGAACAUUACUGCAGGUUUGUUUAUUACUUGAAUAUGGAAAUGUUGACAGCCUGUUGUAAUUAUGUUAGUGUGUGAUGAUGUCUGCUGUAUCUCUUUGCAUGUUUUCUUGAUUCCUUAAUUCCAUUUGAUGGUGCAAACAUUUUUUUAAAUCUUUGGGAUAUUUUGUAAAAAUCGGUUGCUUCUGUAAAGAGAGAUGUAAUUACUAUGAAAAUGUUAAGGCAAGCCUGUUUGAAUCGGGUACAGAAACUCAGCGUGAUGUUCACAGCUGUUUGAUAUUUUAUCAGGCGUAUUGGAUUCUUGUGUAUGUUUAGAUGAGUACUAAAGUAUUUAAAUGAUCCGUUAUUAUUUCUAUUAUUUUUGUGGUUCUAUGUUUAAGUCACUGAUUCUCAACGUUUGUCAUAUCAGCAGCUGAUCCAUACAAAUCUAUGUGCCUAAUUAGCGACAUUUACUAAGAAGAUGGUUGAUUGUGAUGCAUGGAAAGUAUUUAACAUUUUGCACUACGAAUUAGAUAAAGAACUGUAAUAUUUAUUAUUUAAUAAAUUAAUAAUAUACCA